CUCUCUCACUCACUCACUCUCGUAGGCAUGUAAUUAGGUGAAAUACGUGUAAUUAUAUUUUCAAAUUUGGGAAUAACGUAGCAUUUUGUACAAUGCUGAGAUCGUAGCGCUUCUGUUUCCUGGACUUAAAUUUCACGUUUUUGUUCGGUCCAAUUCGUGUUUGUUCACUCUGAAUCCCUGUUCUUCUCCUAGCCCAGUGACAUAGGCGACGAAGUUUUCAUUAAUGUUACGGGAAAGAUGUUCCUUUUAAAUUUUCACGAAUGACCACCAAGUGAAGCAAAUAUAGUCUAAAAUGUCAGUUUUUCGGCUGAUGAUGCUGCACCAGUCAGUUGAAGGAUUUCGUUGUUUCAUUUUUUGCAGGAAAAAAACGGAAAAAUUGAGUGUAACGGUAGUUAAAAAAAGAGACUGAAGCGCUCUUGUUUGGGGAAAGCGAAGGGAGGGGCGAUAUUCUGACUUCAAGCCAGGCAAAAAUGUGUACAGUGGGAAAACGUCUGCGAAAAAGGGAACUUGCGAUCAGAGAGAUGGGACAGAGGGUGGACACAACGUCCAACCGCAUCUCUUGAUAAAGUAGAGCUAGGAAAAAACAGAUAUCAAAAGGCAGCUAAGAAAGAAGAAUAACUUGCUAGUUUGAUAGAAGGUAAAGACUGAGCGAGAAACCAAGAAAACGGAAAAGAGGAGUGGGAGGGACGGAGAAAGCAGGCCAGCGGGUCGGUACGGAACAAGCGGCGAUGUAGCUGACCCGCCGCGCUCGAUUCAUGGGCUCGGAGGCUGUAGAAGACUGUGUGCAGGGGGCACUCUCGUCUUUGUACCCCCCAUUCGAGAGUACGGCCCCUCCACUUCUCUCCCAGGUUUUCUCUGUGCUGGAGUCGACCUAUCAGCAUGACAGUCUGAGAUACCUCCUGGACUACUUCAUCCCAGCUAAACACCUACUGCAGAGACUACAGCAACAUGCAUGUUCACAGUACCUGGGCUGUCUGUUCCUACAUGCUGGCUGGCCGCUGUGUCUUGGAGACAGGGUGGUGGUACAACUGUCCACACUGGACUGGCGGCUCUUGCGCAGUACUGACUUCUACCUGCAGGUGGUGCCCUUCUCCACACGCUGCCCUCGCCUGGCCCUGAAGUGCCUGGCCCCCGGGGGCCGCAAUGUGCAGGAGGUGCUGGUGCCGGAGUCACAGCACGCUCUGGUGUUCACCCCAGAGUGGCUUCACUGCAUCAAUAAGGAGCGAGGAUUCCAGAGAGAGGGAGGAGGUGGGUUGGACACAUGUCUGGUGAGCACAGGUGAGGGCAUGGUCAGGUUGCCAUGGGAGGAGGUGGUCUAUCCUAAGUUUGUGUCCAGCCCUUCCCCCAGCUCCCCCUGCGAGACAGACUCCUGGUCCUGGGAUGAGGAUGAAGACUCUGCCCCUGAUGCAGAGACCCCGCCCCUCCUCAGGAAACAUGGGACCCUGGGGGAGGAGCCAGCUGGCGAGUACGUGCAGCUGCUGGAGCCUCGUGAUGGGCCUGAGGGCGGGGCAGAGGCCGGGUCAGAGGGCGGGGCUGAUGGGGGGACGGAGUCCAGGCAGAGGUACCUGGAGAUGCAUGGGAUCUGCAAGACCAAGACGCUGCCGCUCUGUCGCAGGGGGCGGGGCCUGAGGCUGCGGCGCGGGAAGGCUUGGGCUCACGGAAAACACGACCCCCUGGGGGGCCGGAGGGGCGUGGCCACGCGCAGAGACAGCCCCCACACCCCCACGGGGGCCCAGGGCCUCCUGUCCCGCCCUGUACCCCGAGUCAUCGACCUGGAGAGAGAGGGAGCGGAGGGGCCUGUCCAGGAGAGGAGGCCGGGAGUCGGCAGAGAGCGGGAGGGAGCCAAUCAGGUAGCAGAUCAGCACUUGGAAGGGGAGGGCCAAUCAGAUGAGGACACGCUGUCACGCUCAGGAUUUCCUCUGGACCAAACAGAGCGGUUGUUGGUGGGCGGGGCCGGAGGAGCGGUGGAUGAUGAUCCAUCUUCGGCUGGAGCUGCCAGAGGCACUGAGAAUACUGAAAGACCAUUGGAUGGAGCUGCCAGAGGCACUGAGAAUACUGAAAGGCCAUUGGAUGGAGCUGCCAGAGGCACUGAGAAUACUGAAAGGCCACUGGAUGGCAGUUGUCGAACUCAAAGGCUGUCUGAAGAAACAUCAUCAGCCCAGAUGGACAGAUCUCCAGCAGACAGAACCUCAGUCCAGGACAAGACUACUGAGGGUAACCUUAACUCUGACCCAAACCCUGCCCCCACCACAGAACUGGGGCAUGGUGGGAUACUGGAGGAUAGACUGUGUCUUAGAGGCAAGGAAGUGAAGACAGCAGGAUUUAGAGCUCCCAGGAGGAAGAGGAAGGGGAAAGGGGGGCGAGGGAAGGCCAAAUCCAGUGGGCGUGGUCAGGGGGGCAGAGACACCCCCCACAAGCCUCAGGGAAAAGCUGAAAAGGACAACAGCCCUGACAUAACAGUCAGUGCCAACAGUCAAUCAAAGCAGGCCCAGUCAGCAGCGGGGAGGGAAGAGUUCGCACCAGCCAAUGAGGAAACAGAGGGGGCGGGGUCACAGAAGCAAGCGGGAGAAAACCUAAAGGUCCAAUCAGAAAUCCUUCUAGAUGCCAACAGCCAAUCAAACACUGUGUUUCCUGACCGCUGUUCAGAGGAUGUCUCAUCAGUUAAUUCUCCUGACCAAUCAGAUGGCUCUUCUUGUAAGACUCCUCCUCUCCUUCGGGAACUGGACCCUGAAGUCCUCCAAUCAGGAUGGCUGAUUCUGACAGGCACAGUAGACAGGAUGGGGCGUGCUGUGGUUACCAUAGAAACACAGAACCCACCUGAUGGUUUCCAGGACAAGGAGGUGGCCCGUGUGUUGACCUGUUACCAUGCCAUUACACGCCCCUCUGCUAAGGAGAAAGGGGUGACGGUAAUUCUGGACUGCAGGCUCUCCCCGCCCUCUGAUCUGUGUCUCUCUGCUCUGAAGCUCUUCCAGGACCUGGCUCCUGGGGCUCUGGGUUGUGUGCUGGUUCUGAUAGAGGAGCAGCAGAGCCCCACAGCGCUCAACAUGGCUGGAGUAGAGGUACAUUCUGUGUGUGGUACUGGGGUCCUUCAGCAGUUUGUGGACAGGCAGCAGCUGCCCUCAGCUCUGGAUGGGGACUUUCAGCAUUCACACUCCCAAUGGCUCUCCUACCGGCUGAGCCUGGAGCGACUGACUGAGCACUGUGAGAGCGCCCUCUCUCUGCUGGAGGAGGCGAUGCAGUCCCUGAACACAGAGCCCCUUCCACACAGCACAAAGACAGUGCUGCUCAGUGUGAACAAACACAGAGAGCUGAUGACAGGCGUCCUGUCUGACCAAAGACUGACUGAGCUGCAAAGAGUGGGUGGGACUUGGCUGGCGAGCCUGACCAAUGGCAGGGCAGGACUGGCACAGACGUCACCUGACUGCAGGGCAGCACUUGCCCGGACUUCUGACCUGUACAACAGCGUGGACGACGCACUACACCGAUUGGUCCGUGUCUCCAACCAGAGGGGGCGGAGCCUGGAUGCCCUGAGCAGGCUGGCCAAACUGGAGGAAAAGCUGGAGAGGUGUGACAGAGAGGUGGAGCAGGUGGUGGAGCAGGUGGAGGAGUUUAGGGUUCCGCCUCUGUCCCUUAGCAGCUUAGCCCUCAAACAGCAGAAGUACAGAGCCUUCCGAGAGAUGGCCAUGGAGCUGCAGAAAGAGACAAACACUGUUCUGGCGGAAGUGGAGAACUGGGCAGGGCAGGACUGGGAGGGGCGGGGCUGGGAGGGGCUGGGGGCGGUGCUACAGAAACUACCCUCUGUCAGAGACAAACUGCGUAACAUGACACACUGCCUGUCAGAUUGCUGGACCCAAAUGGACACCACACACAGACUGCUAAACACGCUAACCGAGGCGUCUCAGUGGUGUGAUGCAGUUUGUGCCACGCCUAUGUCCUCCUCCAGCUCACCCCUCACCUCUCUCCCCCCCAUCCCACCUUCACGUUUCCAUGACGCCCGUGCUUUGGCCAUGGACCUGGGGGGCGGGGCCCUGUUGGAGCUGUGGUCGCGCACGCUGGAGCGCUACCAGCAGACCCUGGCACAGUUCAAGUCCCGGCUGACCCCGGCCCCGCCCCGCCCCGCCCCGGCCCCGCCCCGGCCCGCCUCAGCCACGCCCCGGCCCAAAGCCGCCUCCUCCAGCAGCAUGUGGGACCUGCUGAGUCUGCAGGGGGAGGUGGACUGGGAGGGAGAGGGCGAGGGGGGAGAGGGGGGGCUGCAGUCCUGGGGCUCUCUCGCCUCUCUCUUCCGCCCCCAGACCUGCUCUACCCUGAAAAUCGGAGAGGACAAGAAGAGAGAGGGAGGAGGAGGAGGAGGAGGAGGUGGAGGAAAGUUCCUGCAAGCUCUGCUGCAUCCUGCCAAGAAGAGUCCCCCAGAGGCCCCCCUUCCUCCCAAACCCCCCAGGAGGCGAAACCCCAGCUUCGACCUGCAGGCUCUCCUGGCCCCCCGGCGAGCCCUUGCCCCGCCGCGCCCUGCCCCACCCCGCCCCGCCCCGCCCUGUCCCACCGAGGGCCUUGGGACAGGCAGCCGAACCUCGCCCCUGUCCUGGCUGGGCCGCAGGGUGCCGGUGGAGCCCAUGCCCAGCGCCAGUGUGGGGGGGGGCGGCAGGGCUGGGGGCGUGCUCAUCCGCGGCGUGGAGGUCAGCAGCAAGGAGGUGGUGGAUCACACCGGGUCACCACGGCAACACGUACUGCUGAGUCGCACCGAGAGAGAGACUGCACCAGAGAGACCGGGCGUGUCUGCACACAGCAGGGCAACCCAGCUGGCCUGCAGACUGCUGGCGAUGGAGAGGCAGUACGUGGCCCUGCUGAAGGGGGUGGACGAGAGCUACCUGCCCCUGCUGGACGCUGUGGACACGCCCGUCCCCCUGCGAGGCCAGGGCCACACCCUCUUCUCCAACUGGUCAGGCCUGAGUGCUUUCCACUCGCAGUACCUCCUCCCCGCCAUGGAGGGCGCUAUCACACAGACGCUACUGCUACAGGACUGCUUCAGCAAAUACAAAACACAGUUCCUUCAGUACUCUCACUAUAUCAGAACCAAACCAGAAAUGGACUCUUUGCUGGUCAGUCAGGCAACAGACUUCUUCAAGAUGAAGCUGCCAGAUCUGGCCCUGCCCUCCCCGCUAGCCUUCCCAAGCUGCCUGCAGGCCCCUGUUCAGCAGCUCGCUCACUACUGCCACAUAGUGGAGGAGUUGGCUGGCCCAAGCCCCGCCCCCGACUCCACCCUCUCCACCCUCAAGCACAUUCAGCAGCAGGGGGAGGACCUGAGGGCCAGUGACCUCAUCGUGGGGUGUCCGGUGCCUGUGUCAGAGAGGGGUGAGUUGUUGAGGCAGGGGGAGCUGCUGGUGUUUGGGGGAGCCAGGCGGAGGAAGAGUGGGGUGCGGAGAGUGUUCCUGUACCAGCACAUCCUCAUCUUCACCAAACCCAAACCCUCCAGCGCUACAAGCCCUGUCUACAACUACAAACACAGCGUUAAGACAGGGGAGAUGGGUCUGACUCAGAGUGUGGGGGAGGAGGGCUUGAGGUUUGAGGUGUGGGUGCGGCAGGCCUCUCGAACCCGGGACUGCCUGACCCUGCAGGCCCCUUCCUGUGAGGAGCGGAGCGCCUGGACGCACCAAAUCGCCCAGCUCCUGUGGGCUAACGCCAUCCACAACACCGAGCUGUGUCUGAAGGAGUCUCUCUGUAUGGGGGUGUCCAGUAAGCUGCUGCUUGAUGUGACAGGAAUACCCAACACAUCCGAGCAGGAGCUCCACUGCCUCUCUGAGCGAGUUCAAAGCAGUUGUUCUGAUUCCUCCUCAGUUGGCAGUCAGAAGGAAGGAGGCUCCCCAAUAUUAGGAAGACAUCCCCAAAAGCAUUCACAGGAGCUAACCUUUGGUUCUGUGGACCAAGGAAACUGGGUCUCAGGGACCAGUAGCAAGAGCCAGACCAUGCUGGAAACAACUGGAAACCCUCACAGGACUCUAUUCCUCAUGGACCUCCAUCUUGGCUCAGAGUGCCACAGUCGCAAACUCACCAGUUGAUUCUAAAAUGACAUCACUACACUUGUCUGAGAACCUGGACCAAUGAUGUCAGCUGGAGCAGCUUGCAGUACUGGCCACUGGGGGCAGUGUGCUUACAGGGGCCUGGGGGAUCUGAGGAUGCCUGUGGGGGAAAAGAAACAACAUCACCAUUAUUUCUUAUUAUUGAUACAAUUAGUUUUUUAUCUUUAAUGAUGUAAAUACAAACUGCUCUCUGACUGUACAGUCCCUUCCUUAGGCAGUUUGUAACUGUGUUUAGGAAGCAUGCUAUUGCAGGAUGCCCCACUAAGCCACACCUACACUCUAAGCCCUGCCCAAUGUAUGUUUGUAAAUCUGGCAGUAUACUCAGUAAGAAGAAAGAACUUCAGGAUUGAGAACCACCGGCGAACAUGUCCACGAACACCGUUGUCGGUAUACUCAGUGAGAACACCGCACCAUUUUAUGUCACUCCACCCUGCUGGGGGGCGCAGAAUACUUACGAGGCAGCUAUUAACCGGGGCUGGAAUCUCGCCCAGACCUCCAUCUCACGGCUACGCCAUGGAUGUUCUUGUAGAAAAAUUAUGCUUAGCCACAGCAAUAAGAAACAGUAAACGGAAAAUUACAAAUGUACCUCUCACCCCUCCCUUAAAAGAUGUGUUGUUUGCUUCACGCGAUAAGGGAACUAUGCGAGACACGCCUGUGAAGUGUUAGAAGCUUAUAAAAGAGAAGGCUCUCUAGUGUUCAGAGAACCUUCACGCGGAAACGUUUUUUCUCUGUGUGAACUCUCCUAUUUGGCCAAAUAAACGUUUGAACUGAAUAUUGUGUGAAAGUCUAUUUGACUCUUCUCACCGAACUUGGAGAUCUAGAGAAUUUCCACCACAAUGUAUAAAGAGAAGGGCUACGCGAGAUCACAACACAAAACAACAAUGGCGGCAGUGAUAGAAGCACAAAUGCAACAGAGACAGAGAGAAGUUUAAAGUGGCUUUAGUUUAUCUAGCUAUGCAA